CAACUUAGCGGAGCUGCGUUUCCGACCGGACGACUAAAGCUGCAGAACCAGGUCAGAGCAAGAAACACGCAAGUAGAUGAAUUCUGCUCUUUCUAGAGGUUUAAGCUGGUAAAAUCAAACUGUAUGUGGAUUCAGCAUGUGUAUCUGAGGUGUAGAGGAAUAUUUCGAGUAGAUUUUUUAUUUGUAAGCUCGAAAACCGGACUUUAGCUUGUUUGCUAACCUUAGCCGAGCUACAGGAGCAGAACUCAUGCCUUUACUGAACCGUCCUCAUCAUGUAUCAUCAACGAGCUGAAAAGGGUAGUACAUCUAUGGCUUACAGAGGCCCGUGUGAGUAAUUUGCAGAUGUUAAAAUACGAAUCGAAGGGUGACUCGUUCUGCUUUUUGUAGAAGUCAUGAAGGACUUUUUGAGGAGGAUACAUAGCAUCUUCCUAAAGGUCGCUCUGUUUCCGAGCACAUUUGGCAGAAAAGGUCCGCGUCCAGCUGCCUCUGAGGUCUUAACCUGCCACCUGCAGCAGCGCAAACUUCCUCCGUGGACCUCUUACUGUGUCCGCUACAGCUCCGUCCACAAUGACCAGUUUGGACUGUCCAACUUUAACUGGAGCGUUCAGGGAUCCAACUACCACAUACUGAGGACAGGCUGCUUCCCCUUUAUAAAGUAUCACUGUACCAAAGCCCCCCCGCAGAACCUGGAGUUUGAAGACAGGUUUUUCACCACGUUGAAAGUUAUUAAUCUGGGUAUCCCUUGUUUGGCCUAUGGCAUUGGGUGCUGGAUGGUGGUGGGAGCUGCAGAAAUAGUGCAAACGAGUGUCGGACCCGUCACAGUCUAUUUUGCGUACAAAGAAGAUGAAGGUGCACAGUACUGAACCAAAAAGUACCACUUUUAACAUUCUCUUUUCUUUAAGAGAAUGUUGUCUGCCAAGCUGCUGUAUUUUAUGUUUCCCCGGUGAUCUUCUGGAGAUAUUGAUGACCCGAGUCACCGGUUCCCUUGUCUGACCGCACGGGUUUAUUUGUGUUUAAUUAUUAAAGAUUUAAAGUUGCACUGGAGGAGUCAGUUAUGCAUGUCAUUACACUGACAUACAAUACUCAGUGUUUAUUCGGACAGCUAACUUUCAAUUAACGUUUAAUGGAAAGUUUAGGAUUUCUCCAAGAAUAGACUGCUGAAGUCAGUGAAUUUAAGUCAGUUUUUACACUCGGUUUAUUGUAAAAGUUUAUUUUUGCAAGAAACAUUAAAAAAUGACUGGUAAGAAAUUA